AUGGCUGGUACGAACAAUGACAUUACUGUUUUAAUGACCUCGAAUCUAUUCGACGAUAUCAUAGACGGUGUUGCACCAGAUACUUCAUUCUAUGCAAACGACGUGCGAUAUAAAUAUGGCUAUUAUCUCACAGACGAUAUUUAUCCCGAGUGGGCGACGUUGGUAAAAAGUCCCUCGUGUCCAGAUGACGAAAAAAGAUUGUAUUUCAAGAAAAAACAAGAGUCAGCAAGAAAAGAUAUCAAGCGGGCUUUCGGUGUGUUAAAGAAAAGAUGGUCUAUCAUCACCCAGCCUUCGAGGAUACUUGAAAAAAGUAAAAUGAAAAACGUUAUGUAUACGUGUAUCAUUUUGCAUAACAUGAUAUUGGAGGACUCUGGUAGAGCAUUUUGUGGAGAAAGCUAUGAUGAAAGUAUCCAACCGACAAACCCAAUACUAACAUACGCUGAGAAAGAAGAUAUCCGAGCAAAGAUACGGGCUAGGCACACACACCAAAACCUUCGAGCUGAUCUGACAGAGCACCUAUGGUUUUAUCGUGAACAAGGAGGACUCGACACAGACGACGAGUAG